GGAAGUCGCUGUUCUUACCUUCAGCAGGAGCCCGCCUUCGUGCCUGCGCGCGCCGUUCCUCCGCUCCGUCCUACAGCUGCCCACCGUCCUCCUGCCGCCCACCAUGGCCCUGCUGCACUCCGGCCGCGUCCUCUGCGGGGUCGCCACUGCUUGCCACCCAGGCCUCGCUGCUGUGGCUUCUGCCAGAGCCAGCUCUUGGUGGGCCCACGUGGAGAUGGGGCCUCCAGAUCCCAUCCUUGGAGUCACAGAAGCCUUUAAGAGAGAUACCAACAGCAAAAAGAUGAAUCUGGGAGUUGGCGCCUACCGGGAUGAUAAUGGAAAGCCUUACGUGCUCCCUAGUGUCCGGAAGGCAGAGGCCCAGAUUGCUGCAAAAAGUCUGGACAAAGAAUACCUUCCCAUUGCGGGACUGGCUGAAUUUUGUAAGGCAUCUGCAGAGCUCGCCCUGGGUGAGAACAAUGAAGUGUUGAAAAGUGGCCGGUAUGUCACCGUGCAGACCAUUUCUGGAACUGGUGCCUUGAGGAUUGGAGCCAGUUUUCUGCAAAGAUUUUUUAAGUUCAGUCGAGAUGUCUUUCUGCCCAAACCAUCCUGGGGAAAUCAUACACCCAUCUUCAGGGACGCUGGCAUGCAACUACAUGGUUAUCGGUACUACGACCCCAAGACAUGCGGCUUUGACUACACCGGCGCCAUGGAGGACAUUUCAAAAAUGCCACAGCAAAGCGUUCUUCUUCUGCAUGCCUGUGCGCACAAUCCCACAGGAGUGGACCCUCGCCCUGAGCAGUGGAAGGAAAUGGCAACAGUGGUGAAGAAAAACAAUCUCUUUGCAUUCUUUGAUAUGGCCUACCAAGGCUUUGCCAGUGGUGAUGGUAACAAGGAUGCCUGGGCUGUACGCCACUUCAUUGAACAGGGCAUUAAUGUUUGUCUGUGCCAAUCUUAUGCCAAGAACAUGGGCUUGUACGGUGAGCGCGUGGGAGCCUUCACUGUGGUCUGCAAAGAUGCAGAUGAAGCCAAAAGGGUGGAGUCACAGUUGAAGAUCUUGAUCCGUCCCAUGUAUUCCAACCCUCCUCUCAAUGGGGCCCGGAUUGCCUCCACCAUUCUGACCAGCCCUGAUCUGCGGAAACAAUGGUUGCAAGAGGUAAAAGGCAUGGCCGAUCGUAUCAUUAGCAUGCGGACUCAGCUGGUCUCCAACCUCAAGAAGGAGGGCUCCUCCCUCAAUUGGCAGCAUAUCACCGACCAGAUUGGCAUGUUUUGUUUCACAGGACUAAAGCCUGAACAGGUGGAGCAGCUGACCAAGGAGUUUUCCAUCUACAUGACAAAGGACGGCCGUAUCUCUGUGGCAGGGGUCACCUCAGGCAAUGUGGGCUACCUUGCCCAUGCCAUACACCAGGUCACCAAGUAAUUUCCCUGAUAAGAAGGAACAGAGACAACCUUCCUACUUGCAACCUGUGCUGUUGUGAGAUUCACACAGAGGAAGAGGGAGGUGGAUGGUGGUGAGCAGAUCAUUUCUUCAACCCACAGUACUUAACACUCAGCAACUGAAUAUGUUUCUCAGAAAAGAACUUAUAUUGAAAUAGAACAGGCAUCUGUGGCUGGUGGCUGGAACUUUGUGGCUAUAAACCAAACUCUCCCUCAUCCUUUUUUCUCCGGUUUUUCCAAAAGAGUUUAUGUGUACAAGAAAGACACAGCCAAAAAAAACCUGUCAGUCAUGCCAUUGCAAGAUUACAGAAGCUUUAACUGAAGCACAUUAUGGUGUUGGGGGUACCUCCGUAGAUCCAGCAUGAAAACAGCACAUUCUAGAAGCUUUGUGAGAAGACCUAGUUCUAACAUUAACAGCCAGCCUGUGCUUGUCCUCCCAUGAUUGAACAAGCUUAUCAGCAGACCUUAUUAUAGAAAUCGUGUUUGUGGAAACCAGCGUGUCUGCUGCCACUGUGGUGAAGAAAAUAAAAGAUACUGUUUCCUGUUGUAUUUAAGAAAAAAACGAAGAAGGCUGUCCUUUUUAAUACUUGCAGGCAUUUUAAUGUUCCUCUCCUCCCUUACAAUUGCUGUUCUUUUCCUUAGGCACAAAGAUAUGUAGCAGCCUAGAUUUCAUCCUGUUCUACUACUUGAUUGGCCAUCCCCCCGUCCCGUAGGACUGACUUAUUUGAAGAACGAAGACUGUAAUUUACUGCUCAUCCCAUACCCUUACCUUUCUCAUUAAAGAAUAGCUGAGAGUAAUAAUUGCACUUUAUUUCAGCAGCAUAUUCAAUGAAUGUCUCCUGUUGGGAUGUUACCUCUGCCCAGCCAGACCUCUUUGUUCAGAGAGGUCGUGCAGUCCUCUCACAUCUUGAGUCGGGCAACACAGGGUAGAACCAGGAAACAGGAUAUUCUGGGCUUUGGUUUUAACCUCUGUGUGCUGCCAGCUGGCCUCAGGCAUCACCCUUUGGAAGGAUAACCACCCUCGACUCAGUCAUGUAGACUUAACUGCAGCCUGGUUUCUCAGUUACAAUAAAGUUACUCUAGACCCAACCACUGUCUGCUAUGUUACACUUUUCCUUCAGUGGGAGUAAAGGGUAGGUGUGGGUGUAUAUCCCAGAAAUACGGAGUCAUGUCCUGCUGACCAUAAGUCAGAAAAUAUGUAGCUGUUCCAAAUGCAAACAAGCCACAUCUUCAUUUCCUCUGUCUUGCCAUUCAGUUUGUCCCAUCCAAAAUGUGGAAAAUGUGUAUAAUUCUUUGGACUGUGGGGGACAGUGGAGUACUUCAAAGGAUCCUGUGGAUAUAGGCAGAGAUGGAAGGGAGAUGGAAACCUCAGAUGUCCACAGGAACCAAGUAGGUAAUAAACAAACUGAAUGUAAAGUAAAAAAGUGAUGUGAACUGGGUGUACUGUGGUGACUGGUGACGAACCCUCAUCUUUAGUGUUAAGUGAUAUGCAAAUGACGCACUUGUGAGAAUGAAAGUCAAGGGUUGCAAGUCUUGAAUUUUCAAAUAAAAUGGACACCCUGA